AUGCCCUGCUUUCAAAGUCAUUCGAUUCCAUUGACAAGUAUCAGCUCUGGUAUGAGUCCUCCGCCUCCUCCCUUUCGUUUGCCUUCGAAUAUUCCAACAUCAGAAGGAAAUGGUGAAGAGUCGGAAAGGAGGAGACUUCUUGCCAUCAUCGAUGCCGCGCUUGCCAUCCUAGAGGAAGAUAUUUUUGACGACAAUGGAACGGAAGAAUCCCAAAGACAUGCAAAGAGCCUUGACUUUGCCAAGUGA